GAGUCCCUGAAACUUCCUGUUGUCUGAUGUUGCAACAAAACCCACUCUGUGAUCAACACCACCUUCUGACUGUUGUUGAUCAUUUUCCCAGUUUUCUUGCUUUCAAUAUGCAGAUGAGAACGAGCGAGCAGACUUAAAUUGGGGGGGCUCAGACAGACCACUUCAGACAUCAUCUGUAGCAUCAGCAUCAUCAGGUCUGCAGCCGAGGCACCAUGAAGACUCUGAGCAUCACGGCGGGACUGCUGCUCGUGCUGCUUGCUGUUCACUGCUGUGACGCCUCACCUCAUGCAGUGAGGGCAGUCAGACCUGAUCUGUGCUGCUUUAAAUUCUUUGAGAAAAGGAUCCCGCAGCCACACGUCCUCUCCAUCAUAAGAACUCACAGCAAAUGCUCAAUCCCAGCAUUUGUGAUCAAGACGCCCAGAGGGCCUUACUGUGUGAGACAGACUGCGGUGUGGGCAAUGAGAGAAUUUGUCAACCGAGAGACCGACACAAUGUAUCCAAAGAAACAAAUAACCCAUCAGGCCUCUGCUGUGACCCUGAAGCCACGAGCCGGCACACCUCAGUCACGUCCUGAAGCUGCUCCAUAAACUAAAAGUUUUAAUCUCUUCAUACUUUAACUGAUUAAUUACUGUUACGUGUUCUCAGACUUUUGGAUCCAGCUGUAUAUAAAACAUGUAUCAAAUCAUUUUAUCAUUUACUGUCACUGUGCCAUGUAGUUACACUGUAUCCAUUUUUAUAUCACUCUGUAUGGCUUUGCUUCACUCUUCAUUAAAGUUUAA